GGCGGCCGGCCAGCGGUUGCCCGGCGUGUGACGCCGAGGGCUGCCGCUCAGGGCUGCCUCGCCCUCGGUGGCGCCGCGUCGGCGGCCGCGCUCGCGAGCCCUCGGUCCCAUCGGCCUCGGCGGCGCCCGGGCGCGAGGGGCGCGCAGCCUGGCUGGCGUGGCGACGGGCGGCGGUCGCCGGAGGUGGCGGCGGCCGCGGCGGCUGGCCUGCGGGUCUUCGGCAUCUCGGACGUGCACGCCGACUGGGAGGAGAACCGCGCGCUGCUGGAGGCGCUGCCCCGGGGGCCCUUCGCGGAGGAUGCGCUCCUCGUGGCCGGAGACGUGACGCACGUACAGUCGACCUUCCUCAGCACGAUGCGGGCGCUCCGCGAGCGCUUCGGCCACGUCUUCUUCGUGCCGGGCAACCACGACUUGUGGUUGGAGGGCCCCUCGGCUACGGACGCGGUUCGCUGCGAGGACUCCCUCGCGAAACACCGGUGGCUGCUGGCCGAGUGCGACCGCCUGGGUGUCUGGACCACUCCUGUCCGCUUUGAGGCAGAGCGGCUCACCAUCGUGCCGCUGUUCUCUUGGUACCACGCCGAGUUCGACACGGAGCCCGAGCUGCCUCCCGGCGCGCUACCGCCGGCGCUCGAGCGGCGCAGGCGGCGGCUUGCCGAGCUCGGCGACGAGGUUUCGUGCGCCUGGCCGGACUUUCUCGGCGCCGCACCGCGGGAGCGGAACCGGGCCCUGGCGGAGCUCCUGGACGCGGCGAACGACGGGGGCGACGGCGCGGGGCUGCCUGGGACCGGGCUCGAGGGGCGUCCGCGUGCCAGGCGGGGCGGCCAGCCCGUGAGCUUCGCGGAGGCGCUGCAGGCACGGGAGCGAGGCGAGUUCGUCAUCUCUUUCUCGCACUUCUUGCCAAGGCUGAGCCUCCUGCCCGAGAAGCGCUUCCUGUUCUUCCCCCAGCUGGCCAGGGCGGCCGGAUCCCUGCCGCUCGGCGACAGGGUGGCACGGCUGAAGCCCGCCCUGCACCUCUUCGGGCACACGCACUUCUCAUGGGACAGCACCCACAGCGACGGCGUGAGGUUCGUGCAGGCACCGCUGGGCUCCCCGCGCGAGCGACGGGCGCGGCCCCGUACGAUGCGCCUCGCCGGCGGGGUGCCGGCGCUGCUGUGGCGCGGCCGGGGGGCCGCCCAGCCGAUGCCGGCUGAGCACGCGGCCUGCUGGUCGGACUACUACGCGCGCCACGAGCGCCAGCCAGCCAGCCUGGACAUCGGCCCCUGGAUCCGUCUGCCGGGCAGGGGCCGCAGCCGGCUGCCGAUCGACCCCGGCCGGACCAGCCCGGAGCCGCCGGGCGCGGGCUCCGCGGAGGCCUCGCUGUGGCUGGUCUGGGGCAUCGCGGGCGAGCCGGAGGAGGCGCAGCUGGACAUGCUGAGCGCAGACGAGCGCGAGCGCGCCGCGGCGUUUCACUGCGACGGGGCGCGCCGCCGCUUCGUGCAGAUGCGCUCCGCGCUCCGGUGCGCUGCCGCGGAGGCUCUGGGGACGAGCCCCUACGAGCUGCGCUUCGCGUACGGCAGGCGCGGCAAGCCGCGGUUCCAGCAGCCCGCGUUGGCGCAGCGUUGCAGCUUCAACGUGUCCCACUCCGGCGACGUCGGCGUGGUCCUCCUGCUGUCGAGGCCCUGGGCUUCCCCCGGCCCCGCGCCGCCGGUCGGUGUGGACGUUGAGGGCCACGCCCACCGGCGUUUCGAGUCCCUGGCCGAGCGCUUCUUCUGCCCCGAGGAGCUCGACGCGCUUGUCCGGGCGAGGUCGCAGGAGGGCAGUGCUCAGAUGCGGCUCUUCUUCGAGAUGUGGACCAAAAAGGAGGCUUGGCUGAAGGCCAACGGGCUGGGGCUGUCUGGCGGGCUCAACAGCCUUAACUGCGCCGGCGGCGCCGGCGGAGCCAGCGCGGAGGAGGUGGAGGCCUUCCUUUCGCACACCGCCGGCAUGGCCGACGACAGCCCACCCUCACUCUGUCCCGUCACCAGCCGACGUCGGGGGCGCCCGCGGCGCUGGCACCACCUACGCGGUGCGCUCUCUGCGGGGCCUGCCGCUGGAUGCCUACAGCGUCGCGGUCGCGCUGCCGCGCGGUUUGCCCUUGCGGGUGGAGAGCCUCUCCGCGGUGGGCUGGGCGCACUUCCUGCGGAGGUGGCCGCGGCGCGGUGA